AUGGACCCAGUAUCCACUAAACAUGGGACUGAACAACCCCCCAUGAACACAUCCAAAUGGGGACAGGAGGCCAAAAGCCCAUCCGUGUCAGCCCUGGAGCCAGAAACUGCCCCCUCCAAGCUGUGGCUCUGCAGCUCGGCGGGCACUAGUUUUCCGACCGUGCUGGGUUGUCGCUUUGGCAAUGCCGUCGGACUUUUUACUGUUUUUCCUUCCUUAGUGCCAACACCUCUACGGAUUGUCCUGCUGGGAAAAACGGGAAAUGGAAAGAGCAGUUUGGCUAACACUAUAUUUGGAAAUACUGUGUUCAAAGUCAGUAACUUUGACUCCAGCUUUUGUGUUUCUGAAAGCCAGACAAGACAAGUCAAUGGAAGAAGCCUCACAUUGAUAGACACUCCAGGUCUCUUGGCACCCAAUAGUUCAGAAGAAGACAUGAAACGUGAGAUGAUGCGGUGCAUCACUGAGUGCUCUCCCGGGCCUCAUGCGGUUCUGAUUGUGCUGAAGGUGGAGAAGUUCACAGAGCACGAGCAGGCUGUCAUCAACCAGGUUUGCCAGCAUUUCUCAGAGGAGGUCCUAACGCACGCUGUGGUGGUCUUCACUCAUGGUGACCAGCUCCCUGAAGGGAUGACAAUUCAGGAGUAUGUCAGUCAGAGUGAGGGUCUGUCAGACCUGGUGCAGAAGUGCGGUGGUCGCUGCCACGUCUUUGACAACAGAUACUGGAAGAAUGCCAAGCAGGACGACUACAGGAGCAACAAGUUCCAGGUUACACAGCUGCUGACCAACAUUGAUGACAUCCUGAAGCUGAAUAAUGGAGACCACUACACCAACUCCAUACUUCAGGAAGUUGAAGAAGAAAUUCAAAUAGAAGCAGAUCGCAUUAGAAAAUCAUCCAGCAACAUGUCAAAGGAAGACAUUUUAAAACAGGCCAAAAUAAACACCUUCAAGAAACUUUUAGAGGGGGAAAAGAAAGCAUGGAGGUGGGACAUUCUGGGCUUUGGAGUUCUUGCAGGCCUAGCUGUGAUUGCAGCAGCAUGGGUCAUUCAAAGAUAUCUACAGGGAGAAGCUGAAAUACCUCUUCCAGAGAUGAAAGAACCAGAAGAAGCUCUGGUGGAAUCUGUUGUGUCGGCAGGACAACAGUUAGCAGAGACGGUUGUUAGCAUACAGCCAGAAGAAGCUGUGCUGGAGUCAGCUGUGACAACAGGACAACAGUUAGCUGAGACAAUUGUUAGCAAGCAGCCAGAAGAAGCUCUGGUGGAAUCUGUUGUGUCGGCAGGACAACAGUUAGCUGAGACGGUUGCUAGCAUACAGUCAGAAGAAGCUGUGCUGGAGUCAGCUGUGAUAACAGGACAACAGUUAGCUGAGACAAUUGUUAGCAAGCAGCCAGAAGAAGCUCUGGUGGAAUCUGUAGUGUCGGCAGGACAACAGUUAGCAGAGUCGGUUGCGAGCAUACAGCCAAAAGAAUCUGUGCUGGAGUCUGCUGUGACAACAGGACAACAGUUAGCUGAGACAAUUGUUAGCAAGCAGCCAGAAGAAGCUGUGCUGGAGUCUGUAGUGUCAGCAGGACAACAGUUAGCAGAUACGGUUGCUAGCACACAGCCAGACGCUGGUGCAGCAGUGCAGCAGAUUGAAGGAGUAGUGGAAGGAACAGAAGAUGACCGGUUUACAUAUUUUCUUAAAAAAUUAUUCAAGAAUUUUAACAACUUUGAAUGA